AAAAUAACAUCCAAAUAUUGACAAAAGUGAGCAAAAGCCCUCAAAGUUGCUAUCCAACCCACACAAUUGCAUCUGGAGGUGAAGUACUUUACUUUCCAGUUCUAUUUUUAUGCAUUUCCUUUGUUUGUGAUCACGUGUUAGCUUGUUGUCAGGUGCCGUCGGCUUAAUCCGGCCACUCAGUCUGGAGUGUCGACUUCAUUAGUGGACAAGGCGCUGAACAGGAGAGGUCAUCGCCAUGAGCUUCAGCACUGAAGAGCGAGGUCGGCCCCAUACGAAUGACUACAGGCUAUUUUUUAAAAACGCAGAUGGACAAUACAUAUCCCCCUUCCACGACAUACCCGCCUAUGCAGAUGAAGCACAGAACAUUUUUCACGCCAUCGUGGAGGUUCCAAGAUGGACCAAUGCAAAAAUGGAGAUAGCCACCAAAGAUGCUCUCAAUCCACUUAAACAGGAUGUAAAAAACGGAAAACUUCGCUAUGUGGCUAAUGUGUUUCCACAUAAAGGUUAUAUCUGGAACUAUGGCGCCAUCCCACAGACAUGGGAAGACCCUCACCACCAGGACCCUGACACGGGUUGCUGCGGGGACAACGACCCUAUUGACAUAUGUGACAUUGGAGACAAGGUAUGCUCUCCGGGGGAAGUUAUCAAAGUGAAGGUUCUGGGCACGUUGGCGCUCAUCGACGAGGGCGAAACCGACUGGAAAGUCAUUGUGAUCAACACGGACGACCCCGACGCCGGCAACUUUAAUGACAUUGAGGAUGUCAGACAACUAAAACCAGGCUACCUGGAGGCCACACUUGAUUGGUUCAAGCGGUACAAAGUCCCCGACGGCAAAGCGGAAAACCAGUUUGCGUUCGACGGAUGCUUCAAGGAUAGGGACUUUGCCAUUGAGACGGUGAAGAGUACUCACGAGUUCUGGAAAGCGCUUAUUUCUCAGAAGACCGACGCUGGCGAGUUAAACUGCAUGAACACAAGUAUAUCUGAGAGUCCAUUUUGUUGUUCUUCCGAAGAUGCCGCCGCCGUGGUUGAUUCGGCUUGUGCUUUUGGAAGUGCAGAGCCCAUUCCUGCUUCAGUGGACAAAUGGUUCUACUGUGAUAAGUGAGGACCCCCGAUGAGGGAAAUCAUGUUCCUCUCUCAGACAAUUCCGCACCUGUUUCAUGCCUGUCACAAUAAAAUGACAUUAAAUCACAAUUAACG